AUGUCCUUAAAUAGCUGGGAACUUAAAGCGCAGAAGGGAAGAGAUAUUCUCGACCAGUCGAUUCCCAAACAAUGGCUGUUGCCAGAAUCUCAACUUCCAUCGGUUACACAAAAGAAUGUGAUCGAUUUUCCGAGACAGUCUGGGCUCCUGAGUGAGCGUGAAUUAAUGAUCACUGAACUUUCUGCAACAGAGCUCGUUAGGGAGAUGGGGAAAGGGCAGUUGACGGCCGAGGAGGUUGUUAUUGCUUUCAUCAAGCGAUCCGUUAUCGGGCAGCAGCUGUUGAAUUUCGCAACGGAAUUCCUAGCCGACGAGGCAAUUGCUCGGGCUCGAGAGCUUGAUCAACACUAUAAACGAACGGGGGAAUUGGUUGGACCCUUGCACGGUGUCCCGAUCAGUGUUAAGGAGCAUAUCGGGUUUAAGAAUAAGACGUGCAAUACCGGAUAUGUGGCUUGGAUUGACAAUGUACCUACUGAAGAUGCACACUUGCUACGACUAUUAGCGAAUGCAGGUGCCGUCUUUCAUGUUCGAACGAACCAACCCCAGUCACUAAUGCACCUUUGCUGCAGCAACAACAUCACAGGUACAACUCUCAACCCACACAACCGAACAUUGACACCCGGUGGUUCUUCAGGUGGUGAAGGAGCUUCGGUGGGCUUCAAAUGCGCACCCCUCGGUAUUGGCACUGACAUUGGUGGUUCGAUUCGCUGCCCUGCCGCUUUCUGCGGUGGCUAUGGCUUCCGUCCUACCGCAAUGCGCAACCCCAUGGCUGGCAUUGAAGUUGCCUGCGUCGGACAGGAGACCAUUCUCGGUGUCGUGGGUCCUAUGGGUAGCAGUUCAAUCGAGGACCUGGAGUUGUUCCAGAAGGCAGUGCUGGAUCAGGACCCCUGGGAUGAUGAGACAUCCCUGGUGCCUGUGCCCUGGAAGACCGUGACUCCGACGCGGGAUAUGACCGUUGCUAUUAUGUGGGACGAUGGAUGUGUUCGUCCCCAUCCACCCAUUACUCGGGCGUUGCGAAUGGCAAAGGAAAAGCUCCUUGCGGCCGGGAUCAAGGUGGUUGACUGGGAACCGUAUCAGCACCAGCGUGGCUGGGAGAUCAUCUCCUCUCUUUACUACCCCGAUGCCGCCGCUCUGCAACGCCAAAUGCUCCAAGAAUCAGGCGAGCCUGCCCGCCCACUGACCGAAUGGGCUUUCUCUUACAGCCGCCCGACACCACUUACUCACCCCGAAGCCUGGGUCCUCCAACACGAGCGUGACUUAUACCGUGACGAGUAUCAAGCUCUGCUCAAGCGCCGCGGCGUGGACUUCAUUCUCUCUCCCGCCAAUCCUGCUGCUGCCGCCGUCAUGGGCGAAUCCCAUUACUGGAACUACACUGCGAUCUGGAACCUGACUGAUAUGCCCGCUGCCGUUUUCCCGUCUGGGAUUACCGUGGACCCCAGCUUGGAUGCACUGACCGCACAGGAUAAGAAGUAUGUUCCGCGGAACGAGAUUGAUGAAAGGGAGUGGAAUAAGUACCAGAGUCCGCAGAGGUAUGAGAGUGCGCCGAUUGGGUUGCAGAUUGCAGGCAGGCAUUUCAAGGAUGAGGAGACUCUGGCUGCUGCUAAGAUUGUUGAGGAGAUUAUAAAGGGUGAUGUGAGGAACUCUAAGCUUUGA